GCUCAUUUUUUGGAAUGCUUACUCUUGUCAAAAUUGUGGAACACAGGUAUUUUGUUUUUUGUGACUCGAAGAUACACGAUUAGACUCAGUUUUUGAUGGGGAAUCCAAAUAUAUCAAAUUCAAAAAACGACUAGAAAUGACGUUUGAGGUGAUUUAGUUUUUUCAAGAUGCACAUUUGCUGUUGACCAGUGGGAGUUUCAUUAUUCAAAAUAUAUUCUUAAGUUUUUUUUUUAUUCUAUCUAGGUGCAGCAGCAUCCGUUUAUGUCGGACAACCGUUGGAUACGAUUAAAGUGAAAUUACAAAUAUUUCCAAAAGUCUAUAAAAAUUCGCUGGAUUGUUUUAAGAAAAUUUAUACCAGUGAAGGAUUAACGGGCUUAUACAAAGGAACCGUACCGGCUCUAGCAGCGAAUGCAGCAGAUUGUUGUUUUAAUUUUAGUACACCGUUUGCAAUGACUGCACAAAUUUUACGAACAGAAGGAAUACGUGGUUUAUUUCGUGGUUUAACAUCUACAUGGAUUCGUGAAGUGCCUGGCUAUUUUUUUUUUUUUGGUGGAUAUGAACUAACUCGAAGUCUGUUGAUGAGUAAGGAUGGAAGAAAGACGGAUAUAGGUUUUGUAAAAAUAUGGAUUUCUGGAGGUAUGGCUGGCAUAACCUUUUGGAUAAUUAUGUAUCCAUGUGAUGUCAUUAAAUCGCGACAACAAGUUUUUACAACAAAUAAGAGUUUUUUAAAUUAUACGUUGACAAUUAUUCGUAAUGAAGGUCUUGUAACACUUUAUUCUGGUUUAAUGCCGACAUUGAUUCGAACGUUUUUUGCUACCGGUGCGUUAUUUAUUACCUAUGAGAAAGUGCGAUUAUUAUUAGGUUUACUUCUAAAAAGUGAAAACGGAUAG